AUGCAAGUUGAUGGUAUACGCGACAUCAAGUGGAAUGCGGCGUCCUUCAAGCGCCUAGUCCUACCCAAUGACUACAAGGAACUGAUUCUUUCCUUCGUUGAGAGUCACCGCGAGCGCGCCGAAGACUCCUUCGACGAUAUAAUCGAAGGGAAGGGGCAAGGAAUGAUCAUCUUGCUCUCGGGUGUGCCAGGAGUGGGAAAGACGCUCACUGCAGAAGCAGUAGCAGAGGAAAUGCAAGUACCACUCUAUAACAUGUCUGCUGGCCAGCUUGGGUUCGACGCAGAUACCGUCGAAGCCCGACUCCACGACGUCCUCAAAGUCUGCACCAAAUGGGGCGCAGUUCUCCUCCUCGACGAAUGCGACGUCUUCCUCGAGCAGCGACAGAUCACAGACAUCCACCGCAACAAGCUCGUCGCCGUCUUCCUCCGCCUCCUCGAGUACUACCAAGGCUGUCUCUUUCUAACAACAAAUCGCGCCGCCACGACAGACCUCGCCUUCAAAUCACGAAUUGACCUCAUCAUCGACUACCCGAAGCUCACCUUUGAGGCUAAGCGACAGAUCUGGCAUACGUUUGUUCGAUCUUCGGAGGACUUCCCGCAGAACGACAGCGAGAUCACGGAUGCUGAGCUUGAUGUGCUGGCGAGGAUUGAUAUCAAUGGGAGGGAGAUUAAGAACUUGGUCAAGAAUGGAAGGCUUUUGGCUAAGCGGAAGGGGCAGAAGUUGGGGGUACAGCAUUUGAGGACUGUGGUUAGUGUGCAGAAUGCUGUGCCGAAUAUCGAGAGUACGGAGGAGGUGUAUCCGGCGCUGGACUAA